AUGGAUACAGCAGUGGCCCCGUGUCAAAAUGUUUCUGUGGACAGUUUGUCAGGAGCGCUGACACAUAGCUGCUCUGAGAACAACCUGACAUUUAUCUGUAAGUUUUGGGCUGGUCCCCUGCAGACGGGAGGGGAUGAAAACUGUUGCGACAAUGAGAAUUCUGAGUCGGUGUCAGUCAUCCUCCCUGCUCAGUGUAGCAUCUACCAGCUGAGGCUGCGCAUUUCUAUGAAGGCACAGGAAAAAGCGUGCCAUCCUGACCCAUUUGCAAUCUUGGAUUCAGAGAAGUACACCCUGCUGUAUGCCAGGGGGGAUGAGUGGUAUGAGGCCUACGAUGACUGUCAGAUUAUCAGGACAUUAGAUAUCCCAUGGUCACAUAAUGACUCUCAGUGUCUUUUGGCACAAAUAGUUGUAAAACCCCUUGUUGCAGCUGAUCCAGAGAAGAAGAAAAGACAAGAGCAGUGUUUAAACUACCUGAUCGGACAUGAUCUGGAGAAAGAGGCUUCUGACCGACUUGGUGAACUCACAUUCACCCGCAGGAAACUGGCAUCUUCACGAAAGCACGAGCUGAAGAAUCGAGACGAGAUGUUGUACACCACAGAGCCCUGGAUAACAUGUGCGCCCAUCCCAAACGAGCUUGAAGACUGGCUGAAAAGAAAGUUUUCUGUCACCGUCCACUACCUGAACAAGAUCAGUUUUUGUGUGCAGGUUGAUUCUAAUGCAAGUCCAAAUGUUCUUCUUCAAGUUUUCAGAAGCGUUGCGGCAGAUAACGGAGUUGAAUAUGACACCUCUGAUGGUCUGGUGUUGAAAGUCACGGGGAGGGAGGAGUUUUUUUCUGGUGACCAUACCCUCAUUGAGUUCCUCUGGGUUCGACACUGUUUGAAAACCAGUCAGGAUAUCCACCUCUCUGUGGUUCCUGUCUCACACCUUCCAGCCGAGACCAUCACGCUUGUGGACUGGCCGCUUGUUGAUAGCUUCAGCGGACAGUUCAGUUCUCACGAAGAUCUGAGUCUCCAAGGCAAGGAUUUGGAUGACAUCUUCAUGAUAUCCUUGUGGGACUGUGAGAGAAAGCUCAGAGUCAAACUGCUUGGCUUUGAUAUCCCCAAACUGCCGAACAAACGGCCUCAGUCUGUUCACGUUGAAGCAUCCAUACUUUAUGGUGGCAAGGUCCUCUCCUCCGUGUCCUCCAAUCCCAAACCUUUUGCAGAUGAGGUGAUGUGGAACGAGUGGCUAGAGUUUGAUAUUCUUCUCAGGGAUCUGCCACGUGGAGUCAAGCUUGGCUUUACCAUUAACGCAAGUGCUACAGAUAUGUCUCCAACAACCAAGGACCCAAAGUCAACAGGAGUUCGAGACUCAAAGGGAACGUUGACCCUAGAAUCAAAGCCACCAUUGCUGUCGGCUAACAAAGCAGCGGACGCUCAGAAAGGAAAACAAAAGGUGCUCUACUUUGUCAACCUUCUUCUUAUAGAUCACAGGUCUGUCCUCAGCCAGGGCUCCCACACCCUGCACAUGUGGUCCUACGCUGACCAGGAGGAUGAGGCCAUCACAUACAAAGCAGACAAGUUGUCCUCUGCUACAAACCCAAACAUCGCUGACUCCAUGGCCAUCAGCAUCCUUUUAGACCGCUACAGCUUCCCUGUAGUUCUCCCGAACACCCUGAGCCACAGUGACGGUGCUAGGGAUCCCACCUCUGGUCUUCCCCCAAACAAACCCAUUGCCUCCUUUUCUGCAUCACCCCAGACAACAGAAUCUGACCCAGAUUCUCUUUCUCCACAAAUGAAUAAUCUUCAGGUCCCAAACAUUGACACGAAUACCAUCAGACCCUCAACCCUAGUCAGUAACACCAAGAGGGCUUGCCUCAAAAGGUUUCGGAAGGAGAGCGUCCAAUAUGCCUCCAGCCUGCCCCACUUCUUGCGCAGCAUUGAUUGGAUGGACCGCAGAGUGGUCGAGGACGUCCACUGGUUACUGGGAAACUGGGACCCUCGGGAACUGGACUUAACUGUGGCCUUGGAGUUGCUGAGCAUAGACUUUGCAGAUGAGACUGUCAGAAGACUAGCAGUGCAAAGACUGGAGACGCUGUCCAACGACGAUGUGCUUAAAUAUCUGCUGCAGCUGGUGCAGACCUUGAAAGUGGAACCUUACCACGACAGUUUCCUGGCUCGAUAUCUGAUCCAACGAGCUCUGCGGAGUAAGAGAAUCGGCCACUUCUUCUUCUGGUACGUCCGCAGCGAGGUGGCAGGGUGUCCAUACUUCUGCCAGCGCAUGGCUGUGAUUUUGGAGGCCUACCUGCUGGGGUGUGGUCAGGCCAUGAUUGACAGCUUCACCCAGCAGGUGCAGGCUGUGGAGGCCCUGGAGAAGGUGGCUCUAAACAUCAAGAAACUCUACCCCGACAAAACUGAUCUCCCUUCUACAGCUCCCCUCAAGCUACAGGAGCUUUUACGAACAAGCAGUCUGCCAGACGAGUUCCUGCUGCCCUUUGACCCCCGCAUCAAAGUCGGAAGAAUCCUGCUGGACAAAUGUAAGGUGAUGGCCUCCAAAAAGAAGCCUCUGUGGCUGGAAUUUUCCCCCAUGCCGUCGCCCACCUCCACCACACCAGUGGGAAUAAUCUUUAAAGAGGGUGACGACCUCAGACAGGACAUGCUAAUCAUUCAGACUUUGAUGGUGAUGGACUCGAUCUGGCAGGAGAAAUCUCUGGACCUCAAUCUUAUUCCAUACGGUUGCAUCGCCACAGGGCAGAACAUAGGCAUGAUUGAAAUAGUGAGAAAUGCAGCGACCAUUGCUGCGGUGCAACGAACCCACGGAGGAACCACAGGAGCCUUCAGAAAUGAUGCUCUGUUCGAGUGGCUCAAAUCCAAGGGUCCUCUUCAGGAAAUACACUACAACACUACGGAGAAGUUUGUGAAGUCCUGUGCAGGUUACUGCGUGGCCACUUACGUACUGGGCAUAGGAGACCGACACAACGACAACAUCAUGAUCACAGACCAAGGAAACCUGUUCCACAUCGACUUCGGUCACAUCCUGGGGAACAGAAAGCACUUUCUUGGUGUGAACAGAGAGCGCGCACCGUUCGUGCUCACACCUGAUUUCCUGUAUGUGAUGGGAAGGGUCAAAGGUCGAAACAGCCUCUAUUUUCAGCGCUUCAGCGACACUUGCAACCAAGCGUACCUCCUGCUGCGCUCCCACUCUCGCCUGCUGGUCACCCUUUUCUCCCUCAUGCAGCUGACGGGCAUCCCGGAGCUGAGUGAUUCCGAAGACAUGCGAUACCUGCGGGAGGCGCUCCAGGAAGAGCAAAACGAGGCUGAGGCCAAGGAGCACUUCCUUCAACAGAUCUCCGAGUGCGAGCAGCUCGGCUGGACCGUCCAGGCCAACUGGUGGAUCCACAUGCUGGCGGGCAUCAAGUAG